AUAACGCAUCCCAGCCAUGUCAGUCCUGCUGUUCUCAAAUAACUAAGCGUCCUUCUCAGCCUGUCCAUAACCAGCAUCCUAGCUAGCAUUCCUGCAUCUAGAAAUCUCUCAUGGCGAACUCAUGUGCAGCUGCAGCAUUUCUUCAUCCUUCUGCAUCUUAUUGGCAAGCUUUGCUUGUCUUUAUUUCUGUGACUGCGGUUCGUGCUGCAGGUGCUGGGGGCCGAGGUACGUGUCCUCCUUUCUCCUGUGGUGAUCUUCACAACAUCUCGUCCCCUUUCCGUAGGCCAGGUGACCCACCUGAGUGCGGUGUACAAGCAUACGAGCUGUCCUGUAGCCGCAGCAAGGCUACCAUUCGCAUCAACACGGAGACAUAUUUUGUCACGAGCAUCAACUAUACUGAUCUUUCCUUCGGGGUUGUGGACGCCAACUUGGAUAUGCACAGCAGUUGCCCUCUUCCUCGUCCGGACCAGUUUCGUUACAAUGAUGAUUAUACGGGUUCUUACUUGGAAAGUGGUUUGCAUUCUCAUUAUGAUUUAGGAUUUGAUUAUUCCAAUAACUGGGCAUGCUUCAUUAAUUGUUCACAAUCAAAAACGAAUAGUAGUUGGUACAAGCCAGUCAAUUGCCUGAGUGCGAACAAUUCCUUUGUUUAUGUCAUGGUUGAUUAUUCUGAUUGUACAGUCAGCUCUCUUGAACCUUCUUGUGGAUACUUGGCAAUGAUCCCCUUUGGUAACUGGCGUACCAUCACAGACCCAGAUUUAGAGAAUGCCAGUUAUACAGAUAUCAUAGAUUAUGUAAGGAAGGGAUUUUCUGUUCAAUUUCCUCAUGAUUAUUAUUCAGGCCGGAAUGCUUCUUGGAUAUUCAAAACAUGCCGAAAUAAUUCAAUCAGCUACUUCCAUGAGCAAUUAUUUGGCACAAGCAUCCUGAAUUGGACCCGUGCUUUCUUCUGGAGUGAAUCACAUUUCGCACAAUGUGUAUACUCAUACUAUACCCCAAAUCUUAUGUUCCAGAGGGUUGUGAUAGCCAUAGUGUCUGCUGUAAAUGUGGCCAAGUUAUAUUUUGUAUUAUGCAGGCUUGUACUCCCAGCACUGGUAGUAUUCACAUUCCUUGCCUACAAGUACUGGAAAACAAGGAUAACGAUUGAUGCAGUCGAGAAGUUCCUCCAGAUGCAACAAAUGCUUGGUCCGAUGAGGUUUGCCUACACGGACAUCACUGCCAUCACUAGCCAUUUUAGAGACAAGCUGGGUCAGGGAGGAUAUGGCUCCGUGUACAAAGGUGUGCUACUCCCAGGCAAUGUGCACGUAGCCAUCAAGAUGUUGGGCAACUCCAACUGCAACGGGGACGAGUUCAUCAGUGAGGUCUCCACCAUCGGUAGGAUCCACCACAUCAAUGUGGUUCGUCUUGUGGGCUUCUGUGCAGAGGAAAUGAGGAGGGCAUUGGUGUAUGAGUACAUGCCCCAUGGUUCUCUUGACAAGUACAUUUUCUCAGCCGAGAGAAGUUUCUCUUGGGAUAAGCUCAAUGAGAUUGCUUUGGGAAUUGCAAGAGGAAUCAACUACCUGCAUCUGGGUUGUGAUAUGCAGAUCCUUCACUUUGACAUCAAGCCACACAACAUCCUUCUGGAUAGCAAUUUUGUCCCAAAAGUUGCAGACUUUGGCCUCGCCAAGUUGUACCCGAGAGACAAGAGCUUUGUGCCAGCAAGUGCCAUGCGUGGAACUAUUGGGUACAUAGCUCCUGAAAUGGUAUCUCGUAGCUUUGGCGCCAUAUCAAGCAAAUCUGAUGUUUAUAGCUUUGGUAUGCUAUUGCUAGAGAUGGCGGGAGGGCGAAGGAACGCAGACCAAAAUGUAGCCAACUCAAGUCAAGCAUACUACCCGGCCUGGGUCUAUGAUCGUCUAGCCGCACAAGAAGUCAGUGAGAUAUCUGUUGCAUCUGACAUGCAUGAGUUAGAGAGGAAACUAUGCAUCGUUGGGCUGCGGUGCAUUCAAAUGAAGCCGCAAGAUCGUCCGACCAUGAGUGAGGUCAUAGAGAUGCUCGAGUGUGGCACUGAUGGCCUGCAAAUGCCUUCUAGGCCAUUCUUCUGUGAUAAUGAUCAUUAUAUGCCUGCUGCAGAUUCUUACCAUUUCUCAUCGGAGCUUACUGAAAUCUCUGAGGAAGACGAGUGAAGAAAUAUUUACAUGUCUUUGCAUUUGUGGUCUGGUGCUGGCAGUAUGAUAAUAAGGUGAGCAGAGCAUUAGCUUGUGAAACCUGAAAUGGACCGUUAAGUUUUAUGGUACAUGAGUUUCUGAUUCCUGUAAACAUUUACUACGUGGUGAAAACAUGUAUGUAUAACUUAAGAUGGAGAUUAGCAACUAUUAUAAUCAUGCUGGGAUGUAAUAUUUUUUUCCUGAAUGCAAGAUAUGCGUCACUGGACAGCAGACACUACAAA